AUGGCCGGCGACUCGAGCUUCGGCACCAACAACCCCUUCCGCCGGAAAUCCGCAACCUCUACUGCUGCAUCGAACGCCGUCCCUCCUCCAGGAUCGUCGGCAUCGUCAUCAGCAUUCCUCGACGGCGAGGUCCCCUCUCCCUUCCGCUCAGACUCGCCCGCAGGCCCACCGCUAUCACAACCCCCACUAUCGAGCCAUUCGACUGGCGAUGACUUCCAACAGCUCCUCCGAGCUCUGCCCAAGUCCGACGCCCCUCCGCCCUCGACGACCUUCCAGAAGAAGAAGCCCGUCAAGAAGGUCCGCGUCCAGAGCCCUCCUCCCUCUAGUCCCGAGAGCGCACACGCCGUCCACGCCUAUCCGAAGUAUCCGCGGCCGAAUCGGAGCGACGACGAGGAGAGCACCAGCAGCAGCGAGUCCCUCAGCACCGACCGAGAUGAUCCUUUCAGCAAUGCACCCCCGGGCAUGGCGGACGAUGUCGGCCUCGGGGAUGACAGGAUAGAACAGCCCUCGCUGCCGCCGUCGCAGCCGGUGGGCAUAGGGCACGCUCCGCCAAAUCCCUUCCAGAAGACCUUGGAAGAUAUGGAGCGGAGUGCAAAGGAAGGGGAGCAGGGCACCGCGGCUGCAAAAGGGGGCAUGGACGUCGGGGCAUUCAGGAGGCUGCUAUUAACGGGCCAAGGUCCGGUGCCUGCUGCUGUGUCCAGUCCCGCUGCCUCUUCGCCGUCCCAUCUGCAUCCGACAGGAGUAGCCGGCGACGGCGGCAGUAUCACAGACGCAUCUUCUAUAUCCCGGCAGUCCAUAUUCGACUCGGCACACCUGCCGCAGGAGACACCCCGAACAUCCCACGAGAUAUCCGAGCCCGAACUCGAAGAAGCACGCGCUGCUAAGCCCCCACCUCCGGCAUCGAAAAAGAAGCCUCCACCCCCGCCCGGCUCACGACACGGGAAGCUGAUCAAGAUAGAACUCAAGAGCGAAGAGGGCCGGAGAGACACGCCUGCUGCAGACAGGCCCGGAUCAUCCGGACACGGCAGCAUCAAGGUGGCCUCGCCCACAGAGCGACCCUCGUCGAGCGAUAUCAACAAGCCUCUACCACCCGCACCGGCCAGGCAGUCGGUGGACGAGGACAGGGAGAGCAUCUUCGACCGCGAAGCAGCUGGCAAGAUACCAGAGCUCGACAUCGACCCCGAGGUAGAUGUCAUCCCGUCACCCCGGCCGCCAACACCACCCAAUGCCUCACACUCAUCCUCGACUCCGGUGCCAAACCCAACUUCAACACUACGGAAGCCUGCGCCGCCUCCGAGGCGGCAGCCCGGACAUGCCCGGACAGACAGCAAACCGCCAUCCAUCACAGGCGUGCCUCCUCCAUUAUCAACAUCACCUACCGCCUAUGCCGACGACUCCGAGCAGGCCCCACCGCGUUCAUCCCUCGACUCCCAGAGAUCAAGAUCGUCUAGCAUCCGCGUCAACAUCUCUGCACCGGCACCGCCUCCUCCACGGAGACCCAACCACGGCAACAGAGCCUCCAACUCCUUCAUCAGCCCCACAGCCGUGAGCUUCGCCUCAGCCGCGAGCUCCACCAGCGCAACCAGUCCCAGCGCCCUCAGCGACGCGGAGCGCUCCCCGAUGGGCCAUCCCCCUUUCCACGGACACGCGCCACCCCACCUCGCUGAGGCGAUCAGCCCAGGAAGCGACUUCGGCGCCAUCUCUCCCGGCGCGAGCAUUAGCAUUCCGUCCUCCGUCUCGGCGCCGCACAUACCACACUCUGCCUCCCAGCCGAAACUCUUUCCCCCGCCGCCUCCGCCCGCGCGGAACUCCUCCGUGCGCGUCCCCGGCGGCGGCCGUCCGCCCAGCGUGUCCAGCUUCGACGGAACGUCGCGCCGCGUCCCCAGGGAAAGGGAAGGAGGCGCGCCAGCUCCGCCGCCGCCGCCGAGGCCGAGGGCAAGGGGGAGCAGUAAGGGCAGCAUGGACGCGCCGAGCCUGGGCCAGAGGCGGACGAGCGUGGAUAGUGUGAAGGUCAUGGGUGGACGAGUGGUGGAGGAGCCUUCUACUGCGGCUGGGGCCGUAGUAGGGAGCGUGAGUGAGGAACCGGGGGAGCUGGGCGAGGAGCAGGGGGGUGGCAGGCCGCGGAGCCAGACGCAGGACAGUGCUGCGAAUGAUAUACUGGCUGAUUUGGAUGCGUUGCAGCGGGAGGUGGAUGCUGCGAGGGCGCAGUUUGCCAAGGGGGGUUGA